GCGCGUCGCACUGCGGGAGUUUAACUCUUUCCUCUCCUGCUGUUUGUGUCCUCUCAGUGGAAGAUGGCGACCAGAGUCCUUCAGAGCUCCUGCUCGGGCCUGUAUCGGGCUAGAAACACGGGCCGGGCGAAGGGACACGUUACUGCUGUUAUCAGGGGUCUGUCAGCGUCUACUAACCGGCAGCGAGAGGACAGCUGGUUCAAAUCACUGUUUGUGCGGAAGGUGGAUCCGAGGAAAGACGCUCACUCACAUCUGUUAGCCAAGAAAGAGGACAACAACUUGUACAAAAUACAGUUUCACAAUGUGAAGCCAGAGUGUCUCGAGGCGUACAACAAACUGUGUAACGAGGUGCUGCCGGCCAUCCACGAUGACAAGCAUUACCCGUGUGAGCUGGUGGGCACGUGGAACACCUGGUACGGGGAGCAAGACCAAGCCGUGCACUUGUGGCGGUACAGAGGAGGAUAUCCAGCUCUCACUGAAGUCAUGAACAAACUGAAGAAUAACAAGGAGUUCCUGGAGUACCGGAAGGAGAGGGGUCAGAUGCUCCUGUCCCGCAGGAAUCAGCUGCUGCUGGAGUUCAGCUUCUGGAACGAGCCCGUGCCCAGAGACGGACCCAACAUCUACGAGCUGCGCUCCUACCAGCUGAGGCCCGGGACCAUGAUUGAGUGGGGCAACUAUUGGGCGCGAGCUAUCGGCUACCGGCAGCACAACCGCGAGGCCGUCGGCGGCUUCUUCUCUCAGAUCGGAAGCCUCUAUAUGGUCCACCAUCUCUGGGCGUACAAGGACCUGCAGUCCCGAGAGGACACGAGGAACGCCGCCUGGCAGCACGAGGGCUGGGAUGAAGUCGUCUAUUACACCGUGCCCCUCAUUCAGCACAUGGAGUCCAGGAUAAUGAUCCCACUGAAAGGGUCUCCGAUGCAGUAAUGAAUCCAACAGAUCCUCACUGUUACGUCCCCGUGAGCUGAAGCCCAGACCAAGACAUCGGAUACAUUCUCUGUCGUCAUGAUGCCAACCAACUUCACACGCAACGCACUCGUUCUGAUCUGAAAAACUGUCCAAAAGUUGCACCGGCAAACCAAAUUGAAUCAGUGGAAAUGAAGCCUGUUACUGUACUAAGUUUUGAGAAUACUUCACAUGAUGUAUUGCAUUAGCCAUAUCUAAAAUCUGGUUGUCACAUGGCUUGGAAAAACACAACCAUAGAUCUGUUAAAUAAAGUUUGUUGCUAUAUGAAAGAA